CAUUUUUAUCAAUUCGUGGGUUACCCCCCCUGUGCCUACAACAUUUUGGUAUCAGAGCUCAAGCUCCUGAAUCAGGUCACUCUAUCCUUGCAUCAUUCAUAUUUGUUUGCAUUUGUUUUUCAUCAUAAACCGAAAAUCCAUAAAAACUGUUUCUUUGUUUCAAGUUUUGUUUCUGCAUUUGUUUUGUGUUCUUUCUGUUCAUCCUGCUAAGAGCCACGAAAAAGAAAAGAAAAAGUUUUGUUUGAUUCAUUUAAAAUCGAAAAUCCCAAAAGAAAAGUGUUUGCAUUCAUUAGUUUCCAUAAAAGAAAAUCUCAUAAAAAGUGCUGUUUUGAAUUUGAUUUCUUUUCAUUUGCAUCCAUAAAUUUAAAAGCCAAAAGAAAUCAUCCUAGUUAUUGUUUCAUAUCAUAUUAGUUGAUCCAUUUCGUGUUUGCAUUGAGAAAACCAAAAGAAAAAUAAUUUUUGCAUAUUUUAUUUCAUUUCGGUUCAUAAUUGCAUAUUUUCUCGGUUUAGUUUAAAUUGCAUUGUGCACUUGAUUUAUUUUGGUUCGACCAGACCUUCCCAUUUCUUCACUUGAUCUUUGAGAGUGUUUUCAGGAAGCCAUGGUAGGAGAAACACACGGCCAAUGUCAGAUGGCCAAACAGAACCAACAUUUGACAGCUUUGCAAGAGGUUGAUCUGAUUGCACAGCUGAGGAAAAGAAAGAAGGCACAAGGCCAACGUCCACACCCAGGAGAAAGGAGAUUUGGAGAUGCUCCAGAGGCUGUCUAUGUCGAGCCCAAGCCACCAGAUCCUUCAAGGAUCAAUCAACAUCCAACUUCUCAAACCCAUACUCAUCAUGUUGCUAAUUCUCGGUUUGAUCAUAAAUCUUUUGCUGAUAAAAUUGAACUCUUUACAUUUUCAGGAGGAAGAAGCUACCUAUUUUGGGAGAGGAACCUUGAUGAAUGGUUUCACUACAACAACAUUCUGAAAGAAGAGAGACUAUCUUAUGCCAUUGAUCAACUAAGAGGUAAUGCCUUUAAAUGGUGGGUACAAGAAGAAGAUGAUAGAUGGUUUUACAAGGAGCCAGCUAUCAAAACGUGGAGAGAUCUUAAGGAAGUCAUGAGGGAUGAAUUUUCACCAGAACUCACAAGUUCUAAGAUCCGAAAGAUAUACCCAAGGAGGUAUCUAACUCAUGUUUCCAAAGAAAAGCCAGAACCUGUUAUUGUCCAAGUAAAGGCUAAGGUAAGUCCUAUACUUGAUAAAUCAGUUAAUGAAUCAUCUACCACUUGUAUGAGUCACUUGUCUUUGUCCAAGAAUGUUAAGACAGGUCCUGAGGUCCAGAAAGAGACGAACUCAACAUCCUUGUUGAGAUCAAAAGUUGUCCAUGAUUUAAGUCCAAGAGACAAGGAGAUUUUAAAUACAAAUAAAGAAGAGCCAACAAGCCAAGGUAAGUCUUCUAACUCUGAAAAUUUAAAAGAUCAGACAUGUUAUAGAUGUCAUAAAAGAGGACACUUUGCUGUAGUUUGUCCAAGUAAACAAGCAUUGAUAGAAGCAUCACUAGAAAAGAAAACUGAUUUAUCUAUGAAGAGUGAUAGUUUUAUUCAAUCUGAUUUAUUAGCUCAAAAUUCUUGUAUGAUGCACUUGUCUUUGUCAAAGGGUGAUGUAACAGGAACUAAGGAGCAUGAAUUCAAAGGAGAGGAGCCACCAGGCGCCACACCUGUGAUGGACCAUAAGAUGGUUCAAGACACAAUGCAGUCCAUGUUGUUUAAAGAAGCAAAACCGAUCCUAAAAGUAUCCCACCAAGGUAAGUGUCUAACACCAACUUUGGAUACUAGUACUGACGUGUGUGUUCUUGGUGCAGGGAGAAUAAAUGAAAGCUAUAAGCUUAUUGAAGUCCCAAAGAAAGAACCAGACCAUAAGCUCAGCCAUGAAUUCACUCCCAAGUGGAAACCGAAAUCUGAACAAUCUAUUGUUCAAGUUCCAAAACCUAUGGUAAGAUUCAUUUUAGAUCAGCAUGUUCUUAAUAUUUCCAUGACAGAUAUAAUGCACUUGCUUUUUGUCCAGAGUGUUGAGAUUAUUUCAGGUUGCCAAGAAGAAAGCUUCAAAGAAAUCCCACCGGAUAAUCUUAUGUUGCUAGGAGAAUCAACUCCAAGGAAGAUCAGAAACGUGGCCACCCAAACUUUAAAGGACCAUCCACUCCAGAAGAGAUGUAAUGGCCAUGACCAUAGCAGAGGCGUGAUCCUUUCACAUCUUCUCAAAGAAGAGCCACCAGAUGCACCAUGCAUCACCAAACCGAAAUUAUACCAAGGUUAUAUAGUUUCGAGGUCGAAACCUUGUCAAGAGGGAGGGGAUGUUGUGGUCACGAAAUCCAUGGUUCAACCAGAGUCUCACCAAACCGUCCAAACCGGCCAUCUAGGAGGUACCAGCGACCGAGGUUCAGUCCAAGGCGUAUAUCUCUACAACCAGAAGGACUUUCAACAUGAAACCAAUUUUAUUGGAUUUUAUACUCAAGAAGGAGUCCAGCCCAAUUGGAAUCGAGCCAAAAUAUUCACGGAGCAAGAAGUUAUGAAUUUUACAACUCAGAAGUUUCCCAGCCCGUCCAUCUGCGAGUACCCGACUUUAGAAGGAGAUUCCAGCCCAAGGAAGGAGCGGCCUGAAGCAAAGCCCAUCAUUGGAGUCAAGAGGAGUCUCUCAGCUUUCCAUAAAGCCCAAUAUCAGGAGAAAUGGCCACGGAGUUAUGAAGUUAUGAUCCAAUCUCCAAAACCGGUCAAACCAGUUCUACACUUGCCUCAAUUGGAAGCUAACCGGUUUAACCAGCUUCAAACCAGACAUUGGCGACCAGGAGAUCAUUUCAACCAAUCAGAAGAUAUUCUAGGAGUCCAAGAGGAGUUCUGCAAGUUCAUACCAUGCACCAGCAACCACUGGAUCAGGAGGAUCCUCAUUUACUCAAACUUGCCAUAUUUGGAGCAAACCGACAUUAAUGUCCAACAGCUCUUUUCUCUUCAAAUCAGGCACGAGAUCAGAACCUAUCAAGCACCCAGGAAGGUCCCAAGGAAGCUCUCUUAUCCAUUAAAACCGUCCAGGUUCAAGAAGAAUCAAGUUUCUCACUUGGAGCCAAAAUCCCAUAAAAGGCUCCAACGGCUAGUUUCCGAUUUUGUUACUUUUCUUGAUUUGUUUCCUUUUCUAUUUGUUUUAGAACGUUAGGACCUUUGUCUCUGAGCCUUAUAUAAGCUCCUAGACGUCCAUUGUAAAGAGCACCCUUAAUCACCAAGUUAAUAAAAAGUUUAUUCAGUUUUAUCAAAGUUGUUCUUUGU